ACGGAAUAAUUUGGGCGGGAAAUUUUUGGAGUCAAUUAUUUCUCUGGCUUCCUAUUUUUGGUACUCGAAUAAGUUAAAAGGAAAGAGGAAAUUUAUUCUACGUUUGUGCUACAAAUUUGAAAUGUCUCUCUUACUGGACUAGAGCUGGAUCCCUAAGGUAAGGUAAGGUGGUGUCUGUGACUGUGACUGUGACUGUGAAUUUAAGGCGAUGUCAAAGUUUGAAUACCCGGAGCUAUCGCGCGCGGAGAUGGUGACGAUAUUGAGGGAGUCACAGGUUGCAAAGAUCACAGAGAAUGAUCUCAAGAACCUCAGCUCGGAUUUCGUUUCGGAUCUUUAUACCCGGUUCUUGAUCUACCUCGACAUUCUUCACGAAGAAUAUCAAGGACAAGUUGAGUUUGCAGCUCUGGAGCAGCUUGAGAACCCAGACUUUCACGUAGACUCAGUCCGGGUUAUGAAUCUAUGCAACAGGAUAAAAGAGGUGGUGAUCUCAGUGGAUUGCCCUGUGAUAUUUACCCUGAAAGAUCUGAUAAGGCCCGAUACAAUCAACACCGAGCUUUUCUUAAGUGGAAUUCUCAAUUUCUGUCUUUACAAGAACUCCAAAAUGAAUGAUCUGAGGCCUAUAGCAGAGGCGUUGACCCUUCUCGAUGAGAAGCGGAAAGAGUGGGAGGCUAAGAUUUCCCAGCUUAAUGCUGAUAUUUCAGGCUAUUAUGAAGCAAGAGAUAGGGAGUUACCAUUUGUUCAGGAUAUUGAUGUUCAAGUCAAACAAUCGCAUCAAACAAUAGCAGGCCUCAACAGCCAUCAGAUGUUGCUUAGAGCUUCGUUCAGGAAGUUGAAGGAUAAAACUGUAGAAAUGAGUGAGAAGAUUUCUAAAGCUGAGUUCGAGCUGGUGCAAAGUGUGCAAGAAAAUGUAAAUUUGCAUUCUAAAAUUUUUCAAUCACCAGAUAAGUUGCAGAGGGCCUUAGAGGAGAAAAAAUCAGUACAGAAGGGUGCAAAGAAUUCUGAGAGAUCGGCAAUGCAGUCUUUUCAAGAAAGAAAUGCCAUUCUUGAAGUUUACUUGAAGGCUUUCCGUAAGAUGUCAAAGCACUUUGCCCUGAUGCAGAACAUACAAGAACAGCAGGAUGAAUUAAGAAUUCAAUUGGAAAAAGAAAGGAACCUCAAGUUCAAGGAGGCAAAUACAGAACUUAAUAACGUGAAGCUGGAUGUGGAAUCUAGGAGGCUUAAUCUGGAAGCAAGACAAAGGAACGUUGAAGCUGCAAUAGCAGAGGUGGAUGCCAUUACCGUGAGAACUAAUUUUGUGAAAGAAUCAGGAGAAGCUAAACUGCAGAAGUUAGCUCGCAAAUGUGAAGAGGUUGUGGAACAGUUUCAACGAUACACCAACUCCUUAGGUCUUUUGCUUCCAAUGGUUGAGCUGGAGCCAAAUGUUGUUCUAUAGAGCAGGUGCGCGUGCAGGAGCAAUACCCAGACCCGGGAUACUAUGCACCUAUUUUCCAGUUCUUGACUGGCCUCCACAAAUACUUGAAAAUAGGCCGUCAAGUUCAUGGCCACAUGGCGCUUCGUGGAUUCCAACCCAAC